AUGGGUUCUUUCAUAUGUGCAAACAAAGUGGAAGAUGAAGAUUAUGAAGACACAGCACUGAAUAAGACAUGGGUCCUAGCACCAAGAGUCCAUGAAAGUGAUGUCACCAAUAUCCUGAACACCUUACUUAAAGGAUAUGAUAACAAACUUAGACCAGAUAUGGGAGUGAGGCCAACAGUGAUUGAAACAGACAUCUACGUGAACAGCAUUGGGCCAGUCGAUGCCAUUAACAUGGAAUAUACCAUCGACAUAUUUUUUGCGCAAUCGUGGUCUGACAGCCGACUGCAGUUUAACAGUAGCAUGAAAGUUCUCAUGUUAAAUAGCAAUAUGGUCGGCAAAAUCUGGAUCCCAGACACAUUUUUUCGAAACUCUAGAAAAUCAGAUGCUCACUGGAUAACAACUCCCAAUCGAUUGCUACGAAUCUGGAAUAAUGGAAAAGUGCUCUAUACACUAAGGUUGACCAUCAAUGCUGAAUGCUAUCUUCAUCUCCAUGACUUUCCUAUGGAUGAACAUUCCUGUCCCCUGGAAUUCUCAAGCUAUGGUUACCCCAACAAUGAAAUUGUGUAUCGCUGGAAGCGUAAAUCUGUUGAAGUUGCCGACCAGAGAUAUUGGAGACUUUACCAGUUUGCAUUUAUUGGCCUAAGAAAUGCCACUGACAUAAUGCAUACACAAUCUGGAGAUUAUGUCUUGCUGACAGUAUUCUUUGAUCUAAGUAGAAGGAUGGGCUACUUCACCAUUCAGACCUACAUUCCCUGCUCACUUACAGUUGUCUUGUCUUGGGUGUCAUUUUGGAUUAACAAAGAUGCAGUGCCAGCAAGGACGUCAUUAGGUAUCACCACAGUUCUGACUAUGACGACAUUGAGUACAAUUUCCAGGAAGUCCUUGCCGAAGGUAUCCUAUGUGACGGCGAUGGAUCUCUUCGUAUCUGUUUGUUUCAUUUUUGUUUUUGCUGCUCUGAUGGAGUAUGGAACCCUGCAUUACUUUGUCAGCAACAGAAAAAGCAGCAAAAACAAGAAAAAAAAGCUUAAACCAGCGAAAUCCCCUGUUAUUGAUGUGGGUCCAGGAUCAACAUUGAUUCAGGUGAACAACAUUGCACACUUGCAGGAGCAGAGAGAUGACUAUGGCUACGAGUGCUUGGACGGAAAGGACUGCAGCAGCUUCUUCUGCUGUUUCGAUGAAUGCCGCUCAGGGGGUUGGAGACAAGGUCGAAUACAUAUUCGUGUUGCCAAAAUCGAUUCCUAUUCCAGAAUAUUUUUUCCUACAGCUUUUGGCCUGUUCAAUCUUGUGUAUUGGAUUGGAUACCUUUACCUAUAAAAGCACUGAGUGGCAUGGUUAAAAAGAGGAUACACAAAUCUGCAGUGGUAAACACUCAUGUUAUGCAAGGUUUGAUUGUGCUGAAAGCAUAAAAAAACUUACAAGAUUUCAAAAUCAUUUCAUGUCAUUUUCUGUUUCAACAGAAAGAGAAUAA